CUCAAUUAUUAUUUUUUUUGGUAAGACCACAACUCAAUUAUUAACUCAUUCAAACAAUGCCUGAUUAUUCAUUAAGAAUAGGCCCACUGGACUGAGGCAAAAUAAGCCCAAAACCGAUAAAGUUCGCGCCCAAUUACCUCCGACCUUUCCCGGAGAAAUCUGAGGAGCUCAUCGACGCAUCGUGUCUGAAUUGCAAAUCUGAAUCUCGAUUCAUCUGCAAAAGUAAAACCCAUUCUGACUAAACCCUAGAAAGUUCUGUUUCCUCCGAAGGAAAUCGAAGAUAGGACGAGCAAUAGUAGUAGCUUCGAAUUCGUCCAAAUAGCGAUGAGGAGAGUUCACGGGCUCGCCACCUAUGGCCGCGGCAUUGCCGCCGGAUCCUGCACAUCCCCCGCCACCAUCGCCGCCGCCAUGCCAAACCUUCUGGUCCGAUCCGCGAUGCUUAGCACUACUUCCUCUGGCUCAGGUCCCCAGUUCCUCUCUCGGAGAUUGUCUGAUUAUUUCGGUCUCUCGGGGACUUCCGUCGCCGCUGGAGUCGUCGGGACGAUGUUCUUCUCCGUUGCGGCUUCGUCUAUGGCGCAGGAAGUUCACGCUAAGGAGUUGCCUAAGUUUUUACCCAAGGAAGUUGUUCUGUAUCAGUACGAGGCUUGCCCUUUCUGCAACAAGGUUAAAGCAUUCUUGGACUACUACAGCAUUCCAUACAAGGUGGUGGAAGUUAACCCGAUGAGUAAAAAGGAGAUCAAGUGGUCUGAGUACAAGAAGGUGCCGAUACUUACUAUUGAUGGUGAACAGAUGGUCGACUCUUCAGAGAUAAUUAGUGAUUUGUUCAAGAGGAUUCAUCCAGAGGGCACAUGUGCAGAUGCCGAGGAAGAAGCAAAGUGGCGAAAAUGGGUAGAUGGUCACUUGGUGCAUGUUCUGUCACCAAAUAUUUACAGAAAUGCUUCCGAGGCUCUGGAGUCAUUCGACUACAUUACCAGUCAUGGAAAUUUCAGCUUCACAGAGAGGUUGGUAGCAAAAUAUGCUGGUGCAACCGCUAUGUACUUCGUGUCAAAGAAGCUGAAGAAGAAGUAUAAUAUCACUGAUGAACGUGCAUCCUUGUAUGAAGCUGCCGAAACAUGGGUGGACGCUCUCAAGGGCCGUGACUAUCUUGGUGGUUCACGUCCUAAUCUGGCUGAUCUCGCGGUUUUUGGCGUCCUGAGGCCGAUCAGAUACCUUAAGUCCGGCAAAGAUAUGGUGGAGCAUACUCGUAUUGGAGAAUGGUAUACAAGGAUGGAGGGGGCCGUCGGUGAGCCUAUGAGAACCAAUGCAUGAUAUCGUCGUGUUUAGAUGAAGAGUUCAGUCUAUACAAACACUAACUUAUAUGGCUAAGAAAAGAAAAAAGAUUGGAGCUUUGAUAGAAUAACUUCCUGCGAACUCAUUUGAUUUCCUUUCGGAGCACUGCUGUAGGUGUCUACGAGCUCUACUCGUGAUCUAAGUCUCAUUCUUGCUACUGAAAUUUGUUUCUGGUUUUUGCGAGUUUUCCAAUUACCAUUUCUAUUCUUGUUUCUGUCGUUCAGCCACGAGAUCGGAGUGACCAUUUUUAUGAUAAAGUGCACCUUUCUGACUUCUUUUCUCUCUGCAUUUAGGAUAGAGAGAAAGACCCGAGAGAAGAUGGGAGAAGUAUUUCUCUUAUCCAUCUCAUUCUUUUGUAUACUAGGAUGUUUAUAAUUGGGGUGUUCUAUAUAUAGAUACUAUGACUAACCUUACAAUUCCGUGAGGAAAUGAGCUAUAAGAUGAUUCAUUCUUAUAAGAUCAAUGUAGGAGGCUAUAAGAUGAUUCAUUCUUAUAAUCAAUGAUUAAUGUAGGAGGUAAAUAGCUUAUAAUAUAACAUUCAAUAUAGAAUCCAAUGUGACAUCCACAAUACUCCCAAUUUUGUCCCCGACAAAAGCUCACUUGUAUUACUAAGGAAAGAAAGAUAGAGUUUACAUAUAAAAAAUAAACCACUCACGAAAAUCAAAACUAUCAACACUCGCAGGCAACAAAGAAAUGGACUUUCUAGCCACUACAUGGGCCACCCAAUUGCUAAUCGUGCCAAUAAAAAAAAUAUCAAACUGCUAGAACUGCUGUCGAAGGCUCGCUAUCUCCACUAGUAUCAUGUCGCCCCUUUUAUCCUACAUGUCCACUGUCCUAAUUUUAUUGAUUACGUUCUUAGCAUCACCAACAUCAGCUAUGGCUAGGAAGUCCAAUAAUUGAUCACAAUACUCCCCACUGGAUGCCCAUUAAUAGAGAAUAUGUUUCAUUAAAACCUUACUAGGAAAAAAUAUAUGAGAUAAGAGUGCAUAAUCAUUAUAAUACGCUAUUUGAAACUGUAUCGUUAAAAAUCUUAGAACAAUCAGUGGGCAAUAUUAUGGUCAAGGAAAAAAUAGUGUAGUGCGUAUAUGCUCCCACUCAUGACGACAUCAAUUCAAAUCUUUGAUCGUCAAAGCGUAGCUUCGAGAACAAAAUUUUCAAAUAUUUUCAUGAUAAGUGUCUUAUUGAACAAAUGUUCUAUAUUGUCACUUUAUGGACGAUCCAUUAUGACCAUUUUCUUCCUGCAUGAUCUUCAAGAUCCACAAUCACAAGUAUUUUGAUGUCUUGACUCAUGAAUCUUAACCAUACAAUUCAUAACAUGCCUUUGAAUUGCUAACAAUUGUGCAUCAGUGCAUGAUCAAAUGUAUAGUUAUUAUGAUUUGUUUGGAUCUUCAUAAGAUAGUUGUACGAUCAUAGGUAAACAAAUAAUCCAUCUACGAUCCUCAUUGUUAUCUAAAGGUAACGAAUUUUAAGCUCAACUCCAUUUGAAUGUCAUAUACCGAGAGGAAAAUAUAUAUUGCUAAUAUAUUAACUCUCAAUUAUAUGUUCAAUGGUGUAUGGCUAGCGAGAUACGUUAUCGCUCUAACGACAUUAAUAUAGGGUACUUCAAGACAUAAUAACUCACUUCUCUCUCAAGACAAAGAUUAACAUUUGUUCACAUUUAGUGACCCACAAUCAUUACGCUGCUCAACAUAUGUCAUUUUUCAUACAAAAUUGCUCUUUCACUCUUGACAUUACAUUUCGGAUCCACAAGAAGGAUCUUCUUAAACUUCAUGUUCAUCAUUCUUUAAACAAUCCAUUGUUUUAUGAAGCUCUUCUAGAGUUCCAAUAGUAAUACAUGCACGUUUUGUCA